AUGCAACAUACAAAACACAACACUGAAGAACAAAGAGAAGCCAAUACUGCUCGACAACACAGACACAGAGCCAUGGAAACUGUUGAACAACAUCAACAACGGCUCCAACGAAAUGCUGAUGCUCAUUGUCAAUAUCGUGCUAAUAAUCCCCAAAUACACAAUAUUGCCCAUAACUUCUCUGAAAGUGCAAAUACAAGCAGUUAUUCAGAUAUGCACCAGAUCAAUGUUGCAAACAUGGCUACAUGUAAUUACUGUAAUGCAUUCAAGCUUCCAGCAGAAAGUCCAGGAAUGUGCUGCUCUAAUGGGAAAGUGCUAUUAGCAGAACCCAAUGUCCCUUUGGUUUUGCAAUCUCUUUUUUCAAGUCAAGAUGAUAUUGCCAAGCACUUCCAUGAUAAAAUUCGUCUAUAUAAUUCAGCAUUUACUUUCACAUCUGUUGGUGUCAAGUUAGAUAAUGAGCUUGCAAAUGCAACUGCUGGUGUUUAUACCUUUCGCAUCCAAGGUUCAAUUUACCAUCAAAUUGGCUCAUUACUGCCAGAACCUGGAUCUGAACCUCACUACCUACAGAUGUAUGUCUGGGAUACUGAAAACAAAUUGUAUCAUCGAAUAAACACCCUUUCUGAUUCUGGCCUUGAUCCCACUAUUAUACAAAAGAAUAUUAAAAACCUAUCCAUGGUUAUUCAUGCUAAUAUUCCUGGACUUGACCAAAGGACUCAUAAUGCUCCAACAGCUUCUCAAGUAGCAGCAAUUUGGAUUGAUGAUGAUGUACCUUCUGAUGCAAUUCAAAAACGAGAUAUUGUAUUGCGUACACAAACACAUCAGUUAAUCCGUAUCUCUGAAUUCACUGGAUGUUAUGACCCUUUAGCUUAUCCACUUUUGUUUCCUCAUGGUGAACAAGGAUGGGCUCCUCGCCAGAUUCCAUACAAAAAUAUUCGUUUUGAGACAAUCAAAGAUCCUAAUGAUGAAGACAAAAUUAGGAGUGAGUUGUAUCAAGGUCUUCAGGAUGCAAUUUUACAUGGUGACAAUAUUCCAGAACAUGUAGGUCGCAGAAUAGUACUUCCUGCUACAUUUAUUGGGAGCCCUCGAGACAUGAUACAACGAUACCAAGAUGCAAUGGCCUUGCUACACAUUGGCAAACCUGAUUUAUUCAUAACCAUGUCAUGUAAUCCAAAUUGGCCUGAAAUUCAAGCUCUGUUACUCCCUGGACAAAUGGCUCAAGACCAACCAGAUAUCACAGUACGUAUCUUUCAUGAGAAGCUUCAAGAAUUAAAGAAGGAUGUUUUUGAGCGCAGAGUCCUUGGACAUGUUGUUGCACACACACAUGUCAUUGAAUUCCAGAAACAAGGUCUUCCACAUGCACACAUUUUGAUUAUACUUCAUCCGGAGGAUAAACCACAAACUCCUGAUGAUUAUGAUGAUAUUGUCUGUGCUGAGAUACCUGACCCAGUAACCAACCCCAGAGCAAAUGCCACAGUUAUUGCCAAUGUGUUCCAUAGACCAUGUGGAAGUAUCAAUCCCAAUGCACCCUGCAUGAUUGAUGAUGGUACAGGGCACAAAAAAUGCACCAAGGGAUACCCAAGACAAUUCCAGAAUGAAACUCUCCAAGGAGAAGACUUUUAUCCUUAUGUCUAUAAGGGCCAUGACAAAGCAACAAUUGAAAUUACUGGAGAACAUCAGGAUCAUGAAACAGAAGCUAAGCCAAUUGUGAUUGAUGAGAUUCAUAAUUUCAUUGAAGCCUGUUGGGUAUCAGCCCCAGAAGCAAUCUGGAGAAUCCUAGGAUUUAACGUGAGUGGAAUAAAUCCUGCUGUCAUACGAUUACAAAUACACCUUCCCAACCAACAAAGGGUCAUAUUCAAUGAAAGUGACAAUCUGAUAGAUGUAGUCACAGCUGACCAGAACCAAAGAACAUCACUUACUGAGUACUUUAAGAUGAAUGAUCAAGAUCCUGAUGCAAGAAACCUGCUCUAUACCAAUUUUCCACAUUACACAUGGAAUAAAACAAACAAGACAUGGAAGAAACGUCAACGUGGAGUAACAGGUGCCAGAAGCUUUGAGGAACUCAAAACAGUAGAUGAUACUCUGUGUGCUACUUUCAAGGAGAAUGCUCAGUGCAGAGGUUUCUUAGAAAAUGAUAAUGAACACCAACAAUGCAUGGCUGAAGCUAGAAUAUUUCAAAUGCCAAGUCAGCUACGUGAUCUCUUCGCAACACUAUUGGUCUUUGGAGAUGUUACAGAUAUACAUCAAUUAUGGAUUGAGAACUUCAAUGCAAUGGCAGAAGACUUUGCAUACAAUGGAAUACCAGAAGCAAUUUAA